AUGCAGCUCACUCUCGUUACCCUCGGGGGCCUCCUCGCAGCAGGAAUUGUCAGUGCCGCACCACAGUAUCAGCAAUCCACUUCCAAUGUGCAUAGAAUCACUCAGCGCGAUCUCACCGGUUAUGACAAUCUGGGAUGCUACACAGAAGCCACUUCUGGACGUGCUCUCAGUGGGAAAUCGUACUCCAAUGAUAGCAUGACCUUGGAGCUGUGCCAAAGUACUUGUCAGGGCUUUUCUUACUUUGGAGUUGAGUAUGGAAGAGAGUGCUAUUGUGGAAAUAAUCUAAACACCGGUAGCGUUUCUACAGCAUCUUCAGAUUGUAACUUCGCUUGCCCAGGAAAUGCCACAGAAACUUGCGGAGCUGGAAAUCGACUCAACGUUUACCAAACCACCGGCUCUGGCCCUGCAGACUUCUCCAAAUACGGUAGUCAUGGCUGCUACACUGAGCCCAACAACGCCCAGAAUGGUCGUGCCCUUAUGGGUAAGACCACAGUGUCUAACAACAUGACUGUUGAGAACUGUGCGGAUAUUUGUGCUGCCGGCCAGUAUUCUUUGUUUGGCGUGGAGUACUCCAGCGAGUGCUACUGUGGAAAUAUGCUCGCCGUUGGGAGUGUUGCUGCACCUGCCAGUGAUUGCAAGUAUGCCUGCUCAGGAGACAAGACAGAAACUUGCGGAGGUGAUUGGCGAUUCAAUUAUUACGAAUUUGGCUAUACCCCUGCACCAUCAUCAACAACUUCUUCUGCUACUUCAGCUACCUCCUCUGCUACUUCAACAUCAUCAACUGCUGCCUCGCCGACUGCUCCUGCUGGCUACACCGAUGCGGGCUGCUAUACCGAAGCGACAGGCCAACGUGCUUUGACUGGAAAAUCAUACUUUGACGACAGCAUGACUGUUGAGAAAUGCGCGGCUGCCUGUACCGGUUACGAGUGGUUCGGUGUUGAGUAUGGUCGAGAGGUAUUGCUAUUGUGGCAACACAAUCAAUGA